CCCGUGCGAAGGGCCGCAGGCAGGCCUGGCCCUCCCUCCUGCGUGUGCUGGGCACCGCUCCUCGCUGCCUCAAGGGGGCCGGCCUCGGGUCUCUACCUGGGACCCAGCAUCCUUGGCUCUAAGUGCCAGCCACCUGCUCACGCCCCGGCCGCACACACACCCAGGGCUCUGACAUCACCUCCCGCGACCAAUGGGCCAGGCCCAGCAACGUGUGAGGAUGUGAGUGUCAGCUACCUCCCCCACCCCGCCUGUGGUUGCAAAGAUGCUCUAACAGGAAGCGGGUUUGGGGCGCUGCGCUGCUUCCUGCCCUCCCAGGGCCGAGCAGGCUGGAGGGCGAGUGCCAGGUCGGCCACGAGACAGUUUUGUGUCAGGGUCCCGGCAGCUUCCUCUUCCCCGCCACUUCCUCGGCCAGAGCCCCAGGCAGGAGCUGCUGCCGUUGCCCAGGCCACCCUCCACCCCCAAUUCCGAGCCCUGCCCCGGCCAGGGCCACGCCCGCAGGCUGGCUAGGACUUUUGUGGGGAACCCAUAGGCCAAAGGUUUUGGGGGACGGCGGUGGCUGGGCCAGAGGCCUGGGCUGCAGCCAUGAAGUCUCGGCAGAAAGGCAAGAAGAAGGGCGGCUCGAAGGAGCGGGUGUUCGGGUGUGACCUGCAGGACCACCUGCGGCUCUCGGGCCAGGAGGUGCCCCAGGUGCUGAGGAGCUGCGCGGAGUUCGUGGAGGAGUACGGCGUGGUGGACGGCAUCUACCGCCUCUCGGGGGUCUCCUCCAACAUCCAGAAGCUCCGGCAGGAGUUUGAGGUGGAGCGGAAGCCAGACCUGCGGCGAGAUGUUUACCUCCAAGACAUCCACUGCGUGUCCUCACUGUGCAAGGCCUAUUUCAGAGAACUGCCCGACCCCCUCCUCACGUACCGCCUCUAUGACAAGUUUGCUGAGGCAGUGGCGGUGCAGCUGGAACCUGAGCGCUUGAUCAAGAUCCUAGAGGUGCUUCGAGAACUCCCCACCCCAAACUACAGGACCCUGGAGUUCCUCAUGCGCCACUUGGUGCACAUGGCCUCCCUCAGCGCCCAGACCAACAUGCACGCCCGUAACCUGGCCAUCGUGUGGGCCCCCAACCUGCUGAGGUCCAAGGACAUCGAGGCCUCGGGCUUCAACGGGACAGCAGCCUUCAUGGAGGUGCGUGUGCAGUCCAUCGUGGUGGAGUUCAUCCUCACGCACGUGGACCAGCUCUUUGGGGACACCGCCCUCUCUGGUGGGGAGCUGGAGAGUGGAUGGCGGUCCCUCCCUGGGCUCCGGGCGUCCAGCAGUCCCGAGGACUUUAUGCCCAGGUCGCUGCCCUACCACCUGCCCAGCGUCCUGCAGGCUGGCGAUGGCCCCCCGCAGCUCCGGCCCUAUCACACCAUCAUUGAGAUCACAGAGCACAAGAGGAAGGGCUCUUUGAAGGUCAGGAAGUGGAGAUCAAUCUUCAAUCUGGGUCGCUCUGGCCAUGAGACCAAGAGGAAAUUCCCACGGGGGGCUGAGGACAGGGAGGACAAAUCUGACAAGGGGACCCUGCGGCCAGCCAAGAGCAUGGACUCCCUGAGCGCCGUGGCCGGGGCCGGGGCCGAGGCAGAGGCACUGCGGGCCCCCAGCAGCCCCCGGGCGCCUGAGAGCUUGGAGGAUGACCCUGCAGAGGCAGCAGGUGAACCGGAGCCCGAGGCAGGGGCCCCGGGCAGCACCAGCUCCGAGCCAGGAACACCACGCGCCGGGCGGUCAGCGGUCCGUGCUGGGGGCGGCAGCCGGGCCGAGCGCUGUGCCGGCGUCCACAUCUCAGACCCGUACAACGUCAACCUCCCGCUGCACAUCACCUCCAUCCUCAGCGUGCCUCCCAACAUCAUCUCCAACGUCUCCUUGACCAGGCUCACCCGAGGCCUUGAGUGCCCUGCCCUGCAGCCCCGGCCGAGCCCCGCCUCUGGCCCCUGCCCGGGCCCUGGGCCUCCAGGUGAGAAGUCCGAGGCGAGUUCAGCCCCAGGCCCCCUGGCCGACUCCGGCCCAGCAGCCUUGGUCGCUGCCCUAGAGGACUGCCUGUCCCAAGAGGUGCAAGAUUCCUUCUCCUUCCUGGAGGACUCCAGCAGCUCAGAGCCUGAGUGGGUAGGGGUGGAGGACGGGGAGGCGGCCGCGGCAGGAGCAGGAGCAGCAGCAGCCUUCUCUCCUGGGGAGGACGACCCUGGGAUGGGCUAUCUGGAGGAGCUGCUGGGAGCUGGGCCUCAGGUAAGGAGGAGCCUGUUGGGUUGGGUAGUGAGGACUCCUGAGGAAAGACAGGACCCGGGUCCUCAGCCACUGCUGUGUCCACAGGUGGAGGAGUUUUCCGUGGAGCCGCCCCUGGAUGACCUGUCUCUGGAGGAGGCGCAGUUUGUCCUGGCUCCCACCUGCUGUUCCCCGGACUCCAUGGGGCCGGGGCCUGAGGCAGAGGACAAUGGGGAAGAAGUCUUCCUGAGUGCCUAUGAUGACCUAAGUCCUCUUCUGGGGCCCAAACCCCUGGCCUGGGAGGGUCCGGGACAGGCUGAGGGGGUGCAGGCAUGCUGGGAAGUGGAGGAGGACAAGGAGAUGGAGCCUGGCAGCAGAUGGGACGUCAGGGAGGAGGCUGAGGGAAGUCCAGAGAACAAGAUGGAGGCUGGAGAGGCAGGUGAAGAAGGCGGGGAAGCGGAGGUGAGCCAAGAGCUGACGGUCAGUUUGAGGGAAGGAAGUGGGGAGGAGACAGAGGCCAAGGAAGGUAAGAGCAUGGAGGAAGCUGAGGGUGUGGAGCAAACAGGAGGGCCAGGUAAAGACGAGAAGAAAGUAAAGCCUGAAAGACGGGGAGAGGCUGAGGAAGGAGAGGGCGCCCAGGUGGACUCUGGAAGGGACCCAGAGCAGGGGGCCCAGGAAGUGCAAGCUGCUGGGGAGAGCUGGGAUGCUGUCCACACCCAAGCGGCUGGGGAAGGCGGAGAGGGUGAGGAUCAUGUCAAAGGGCAGAGGGAGAACAGAGACCAGGAUGGCAGAGAAGACCAAGGGGAUGGUGAAGACAGCGCAGAAGCAGCCCAAGGAGCAGCAGAGGCCAGCAGGGAGCGGGAGAGCGGGGAUGGAGAGGCGGAGGGAGCGCAGGGGGCUGGAGACCAUCAAGAAGGGGGCUUCCUCCUUGGAGGGUCGCAUGUAGUGUCCCUAGAGGCUGAUGAUGCCAAAGAGGGCAGUGCCCAGGCCUCUGAGACCCAACAGGCAGCCCUGCAGCCCCCCCGGCCAGAGGAGAUGGAGCCUGAGGGGCAGCCCAGUCCAGAGGGCUGCCAUCUGUGCCCCUGUCCCCUCAGCUUGGCUGGCAGCGUGGGCAUGCGCCUGGCCUCCACCCAGGUUCAGGUCCAACAGGUCCGCUCUGUGCCGGUGGUGCCCCCUAAGCCACAAUUUGCCAAGAUGCCCAGUGUAAUGUGUAGCAAGAUCCACGUGGCACCGGCAAACCCCUGCCCAAGGCCUGGUCGGCUGGAUGGGACUCCUGGGGAAAGGGCUCGGGGUUCUGAAGCCUCUCGGUCCUCUUGGAGGAACGGAGGCAGUCUUUCCUUUGAUGCUGCUGUGGCCCUGGCCAGGGACCGCCAGCGAACUGAGGCGCUGGGGGUGUGGCGGACCCAGACCUGUGCCGGGAGUGAGGACUUCAGCCUCAUGCCCAGAACCUCUCCCUGUAGCAUGCUCCCUGCCCUUUCCCCUCGGCCCCUCAGCUGCCUAGAGCUCCCACCUGAAGGCACAGAAGGGCCUGAAUCCCGGAGCCGGAGCCGGUUUAGUCUACCCCCCAGAGAGCCCCAGCCUCCUCAGCCCCUCUUGCCCCCACAGCGCCGAUCAUAUGCAUUUGAAACGCAGGCGGACCCUGGCAGAGGUGAGGGUCUAUGAUUAGGACCAGAGCUCGGGCACAGGGGACAGGAAGUUGUCUUCAGCCUCUGGGGUCCCUGCCUAGCUGUCUCCUGCAGCCUGAGCAGCCGGGCCCCCUCUUUAGGCUUUGGCCCUCCAACUUCUCUGACCGGGGAAGGCAGUCUGUCUGGUUGGUUUACCUAAACUUGUCUCAGGCACAAGCACCUGCCCCUGAGGAGACUCCGAGGAGGCCCUGAGCCUGGUCCUAGGCCUAGGGGGUGAGGUCACUGCCCAAGGCAGGCAGGCACCCAGAGGCUCGCCUGGGGAGUGAAGACCGGAGGCGGGGCCAGGGCAGAGGCUGCUCGCGAGCAUUCCCGGGCUGUCCGGUUCCGGUUCCGUUCUCCGGCCCGAGGCCCGCUCUGCCCGGGUCAGGACAGGCCCGGAGGCUUUGGAGACCGUGUCCGGGAAGGUCUGGCUCCUCCAGCUCCCCGCGUCGGCUUCCGUCGCCUUAAGGAACAGCGUCUCCUCCAGACUCUUCCUGCCUCGGAUCUUCCGGGAGGGAUGGCGCCCGCGACGGGUCCCCUCCGCGGGCCGAGCUUGGAAUAAAGCAUGUCUCACCGGCGGCGCGGUCUCGUUAUUGGCUGGAGCUUGGGAGGCAGGGCGCGCCUCCCCGUUUGGCCGGCCGGCCUGUGUCUGUUGGCGCUCAGGCCUGGUUCCGGCACCGCGCGGAGCCGGAGCUGGGCAGGCGGAGCGAAGAGAAGCUGACAUUUGCGUCAGCGCCGGGGCCCCGCGUUCCCGGCCGGCUCCGCGAGGCGGGCCCUGCGCUUGCGGCGGGAACCCGCGGCCGCAGGCCCGGUCUGCGCAGCUCCCUCCGCCGACUUCGCGCUCCCCGAGUCCACCGGGGGGCCGACUGCGAAGAGGAGGGUCGGGGUCGCUCUCGGGGAACCGCCUCACACACCGGAAGCCGCGGGUCCCGAGCGAGAGCCGGCGGGCGCCACCUCCGAGGUGUGCAGCGAGGAAGUGCGCCCCAGGCACCGCCCAAAACGCUCCGGGGAGGGCCCUGACGCCAAGUGGCCUUCCCAGCCCUUACCAAAGAUGGCGCCGCCGGGCGCCGUCCCUCCCUCCCUCCCGGAACUAAAUAGGAAGGCCCGGUCCGUCAGGAAGGGAAAGCGCCCAGGCAUUCGGCGCCGCGCUUCUGGGAUCUUUCCAGCCUCCUGGAGGCGGCGCGGCGGACAGAGCCGCUCAGAGGCGGGGCGGGGCGGG